UGGCAUCCUGCUGGCUAGAGUUGGGGUCCUGUCGGCUCUGACCAUCGGGCUCGUUACCUUCACCAUGAACACGCGGACGGACAGCACGAGGCCAGCGGGUCGGUAACGUAGGGCUUGUGAAGAUGAUGACACUGUGUUUGCGGAGGAUUUCCGCGCCGCUGUGCCGCAGCACCGCAAACGUGCGCUGCGUGGUGUCUGCGCGGAGUGCGGACGUGUUUCUGCCGGAGGCUGCGUCAUGGCGGCUCAGAUACACACCUGUCACCGAGUUCGGCAGGUUGAAACGACCUCAAGUGAGCGGCUCGUGGCUCACAAGACUCAAAUGGACGGAUAGUCGCGUCGCGUGCUGGAGUGGGGUCCUCCAGCAGGUUAAACAGACUCCACGACACGUGCAUGGACCUGUACCCCUGUACCACGGAGGUCACGAGCGGUGCGCGGGCAGCUUCCGGUCUUUGCUGACCCCGACAGCUAGAGGACUUUGCAGCGGGAAGACCGAUGAGACGCCCGACGGUUCUCCGAGAGAGGAGCGUGCUGAAUCCGGCUCCGUGCCGGGACAUGGGCUGUUCAAGUUCAAGGAGCUGUAUGAGAAUCCGUGGACAAUUCCCAACCUCUUAUGUGUGUGCCGGAUUUUGCUGGCUCCAUUCCUGGGUCAUCUGAUCAAGCAGAAAUUUCAUCUCAGUUUGGCUCUGUUUACGCUGGCCGGAGCUACUGACCUGUUGGAUGGUUACAUUGCCAGAACGUGGCCCACUCAAAGUCAGGCACUGGGCAGUGCCCUCGACCCACUGGCUGACAAGAUUCUCAUCAGUAUUUUAUACAUCAGUCUCACCUAUGCUGAACUCAUACCAGCUCCGCUGACCGCUCUGGUGAUCUCCAGAGACAUUGGCUUGAUAGCUGCUGUCUUCUGGGUCAGAUACAAGACUGUACCUCCACCGGUGACCCUUACUAAGUUUUUUAACCCCUGCUAUACCACAGCCCAGCUCAAGCCCACACUCUUCAGCAAGAUCAACACGGCCAUUCAGCUCUGUCUGGUUGCAGCAUCUCUGGCUGCUCCAGUCUUCCAGUAUACAGACAGUGUCCUGCUGCAGUGCUUAUGGUAUAUUACAGCGGUGACUACAGCUGCAUCAGGUUACAGCUACUGGCACUACGGCCGCAAGACAGUUCAGGUGCUGAACACCAAAUCACCGCCGUAAGCACACCUGAAAAGCCACAGAGAGCAGAACAACAGCGGCCGCCGCAGAGAUGCUGAUCGGCCGCAGAGAUGCUGAUCGGCCGCAGUGAAGGAAGGACGGACAGGCAGACCGGGGGACGAUCGCUAGGAGCUCUGAAACAAAGUAGACAUGACAAUCAUACGCGAGUCGCCAUGGAAAUGACACAGAAACCAACUGAGGCCACCGAUGGUUUACUGCAACACUACAGCAGCGCCCAACAGCAGCUCUGCCACCAGACAGCGUUUCGAGACAUGUUCAAGGAUAAAAACAGCAAACGCAAAUAUAGCCCAUCCACCCACUCCCUGAACACACACGUCAACUGUUAUCUGCAGAGUUUUCUGCUGCUUUUUACUUAUGUUAUCAGUUCGGGGUUACAAUGUGAACUUAAUUAUUGUCACAUGAUUGUUAGUUUUUCAAAGCAGUGAUUUAUGAUUAAAAAGAAAAUCUGAUUCAUUUUUGUCCAUGAGACUCUUUUGGGUGCCGCGGGGU